UGUAGUGAACUACAAAGUAGAAUCAUGGAUUUGCUUAAAGUGGAGCGUAAGAAAUUGUGGGAAAGAGAGCGAGAGAAUGUGACGAUUGAUGACAGAUAGAUAUAGGGAGCAAAGGGAGAGAAAGUAACAGAUGGGUGUGUGAGGAUUAAGUGAAAUCUGGGUGGGUUUGUGAUAGAAACUCGCCCAAGAUAGGCAGAAGUGUGAGGAAGAGAGAGAGAGAGAGAGAGUGAGAAAAGGUGAAGAAAGUUAAUCUGGUAGAGGACAGAGAGUCGAUGUCUCUGAAGGCCUUAUAUGGUAUGUUUUUUUUUGCUUCAUUCACAAACAUCCGUUCGGUAACUUUCAUGCAUGUAUUGUACAACCGUAUGGGGGGACAAGGACUCAAUGGAAAGCCCGGCGAUAUGCAGCACAGAGAAAAUACAACCGGUGGUUGGACAGACGUUACGAGUGUGGGAUUAAACAGAUUGAUUUUGUACAGGGAGAUUAACACAGAUGAAUGAGGAUUACGGGUCUACAGAGAGGUAGACAAAUCAUUAUAUCAAAGCACAAUCUUCCUGAGAAAGCUGAGAUGCAGGAGAAGAGCAGAAUGUUGCCUGAGGAAAAGAAAGGAGACAGGAGAAAAUAAUUAGUGGUUCUAUAAAACGAGGUAAAAUGUAAGUGUUUUGUCUUCCAGGACCCAACUGUAUACCAAUGAACACACAAUAAACCCAUGUCAUAUACUGGAAAUAAUGAGAUGUAGCAUAUGGACGUAAAAUGUAAGAAAUUAAUUAUAUAUAUUUUUCUUGCCAAAUCAAAAGCUCUCUGCCUGAUUGCCUCGGUUCAAUGACUGCUUUGAUUUGCAAAUUAUUCAAGUUGUUAUUGCGGGACCACAGCUGGAUCAGCGUGUGAAGUGUGGAGGAAUAUCGAAAGGACUAAUUGAAGGUGACAGAGGCUAGCUCGCCCUCAUCCAAUCCGUCUGUCUCGGUGAAUAAAUCCUCCGCUCUAUUGCCCUCUUCUUCAUCUUCUUCCAUCCCAUAAUUUUCUCACAGUUUCCUAAUCCCACUCUGCCAUAUCCCACUCUGCCAUACCAUCCUUUUGUCAAUCCCCCUUUCUCUACUCUAUAUCGCUCCAUUCCAUUUCCCUCAUUCUGCCUUAUCAUUGAGUCCCCCCACCGGUUCCCUCCUCAUCGUCAUCACUGCCCUCACUCUAGCUGAUCUCUCAUCUGCCAAUCCUGUACCCGUCCUCUAACCAGCCCCCGUCACCCUGUUUCACCAUAAUUUGUCUCAAGCUCCUCUUGAGACACCCCGUCUCUCCACCGACCUCUGUCUCUCCAUCGGAGGGCCACUUUUUCUCUUAGCAGUGGCCCCUGUCCCACACUCAUAAGCCACCAUGCUGGAGAACAUGUCACGAUGCAACCGCUCCCUGCUCUCCCUGUCCCUGACCUCACUGGCCCUGGCAUUGUCUAUCCUGGCCUUCUGCACCUCGUACUGGUGCGAGGGGACCCACAAGGUUGCCAAGCCCCUCUGCCUCUCCCCGGUCAAGUUGAAGAACUGCGGCCAGAACAACAGCCAGCCCUACACCACAGAGACUCCCACUCUGGACCCUAAGAAGCCGUCAAACAACAUCACCUUGUCACCCCUGGAAAAGGAAGAGCAGGCGAGGCUUCAGAAAAAGGCCCUCGCCAACGCAGUGCACUACAUCUGGGAGACAGGCGAGGAUAAAUACAUGCUGCGCUACUUCCACACAGGUUUCUGGUUGUCCUGCGAGGCACACAACGAGGAGGAGAAAUGCCGGAGCUUCAUUGAAUUGACUCCAGGAGAGACACAAGGGGUGCUGUGGCUGUCAGUAGUAUCAGAGUUUGCGUACAUAGGCCUGUUGGCCAUGGGCUUUCUCCUCAUGUGGGUGGAGGUGCUGUGUGUCUGUGCCCAUAAGGAGAUGUACGCUCUCAAGAUCAACGCCUUUGCCGCAAUAUGCACUGUCCUUUCAGGUCUGAUGGGGAUGGUGGCUCAUAUGAUGUACACCACAGUGUUCCAGAUGACUGUGAGCAUUGGGCCAAAAGAUUGGAGGCCACAGACCUGGGACUACGGCUGGUCAUUUGUUCUAGCCUGGAUCUCCUUCAGCUGCUGCAUGGCAGCGGCCGUCUUCACCCUCAACUCCUACACCAAGACGCUGAUAGAGAUGAAGCACCGCACCCGCGUUCGUCUGGAGGAGGCCCGGGCGGCCAUCCAGGCCCCCUCGUAUGACGAGGUGUUGCAGGCAGCCGGGGGCGCCUGCUCAGUCAGCAGCCUGCUCCAGCACUGCAAGCAGGGGGCGAUGAUCGACCCCGGUCCUGGGGUUCCAGAUCACAGAGGGCUGGUGAUGGUGGCUGGUGGCUGUGGGACAAAGGGGUGUGAGGACUGCGAGAGAGAGAUGGAUGAGAUUGAGGAUGCCCUGGAUAGGGAGGAGAUGGAGGGAGAGGACUGUGGGAGGUGCUGAAGGAAGGGAGGAGGUAGAGGUUAAAAAGAGGUUCUAGCCACCUGGAACUUCUUUUUGUCUUUUAUUUUUUACAUGUUUUGGAUUGAACUGUGAAAUGGACUGUGCUUGAUUUCAGUACCUCAACCCACAAAUUAAAUAUGAGUAGAUAAAGCUCUAAAACCACACACAGAGAUUGACAUGUAUUGUCUGGGAAGAGAUCAAUAGAGACAAUCGCUAAGAAAUGCCUGGCAUUGGCCACAUUUAACAUGUAUAUUAUUUUUAUUGUAUUGAUGGUAACCCUGUUAUUACUAUCCUGAUAUUGAUAGUAACUGUGGUGACAUUGUGAAUAAAAGUGGUUAAAGUGAAA